CCAAACAGUGGCGGAGCAGCGCGCGGAAGAAGCUUUUGAUUUGUGAAAGUAAACAAACACCUGCAGGCUCAUGGACUCCACCCAGCCACUCACCUGGUUACUGUGGUUACAGCCGGGAUGGCUCUGAUUGGACAGACACUGCAUUGACUGCUCUGCCUCCAGGUCACCAUCAGCAGGAGGAUGUCUCACGCCUCUGACGGAGGUGGCCAGAAGAGGGCGGAGUCAUCCAGCAGGAUGUGGGCGGAGUCCGAGCCAGGUCCUUCCAGGUGCCAGCCGAGCAGACAGGGUUACUGUGGUUACUGCAGAGUCCUGUACAGCAACCUGGAGCAGCACCUGUCCAGUCUCAGACACCUGGAUUCAGUCAGGACGUCUUCCAGAUGCUCCGCCCCCUCUGCCGCCACCAGCUGCAGUAAGCUGACGCUGCUGGAGCGCUUCCUGCAGGACGUCCUGCAGCACCACCCGCACCGCUACAGCGACCCGAGGCCGUCUCAUGCUGACCUCCCGUCUAUAUCCGCCCCCCCGCUACCAAGGGCGGAGCUUGAUGAACUAGAAACUACUUUCUCUGAUAACGACAUCAGGUCACUGGGUAACAGAGAGCAACCGCCGAGCUCCGAUGACACAUCGUAUCAGCCGACCAAUCAGCAGGACGACAACAGCAUCCACAGCCAAUCAGAAGAUAGAGGGGAAAUCCAGCACAGGCUGUUUGCACCAAUCACCGAUUGUGAGGAGAAAGGGUCCGCCUCCACAGGGCACACACACACUCAAGCUCCACCCCCGCGGCCUCAGGCAUCGCCCUCCAUCCACAGGAAAGCUCACAGGAAAACGAAUAGGAGGAAAACCAGCGUCGACUCCCCCACCCCCCCCGGGCGACCAGGGCCCCUGCCACAUACACACCUUGGCCAAGGACCAGGGGCUGCACCCGGGCCACGCCCCCCCACAGACCUGCGGCCCUGGCGAAACUGGCAGAGGGACAGGAGGGCGGGGUUUAAAGACCAGGCGUUCUCGGACCACAGCAACACUCUGGACCAAACCAUCGAGGAGGUGAUCCAGAUGUGCUGUCAUGGCAUCACUUCCACUUCCGACCAGCAGGAGGAGACAGAAAGCUUCCACUUCAGCCUCCCUGUCUCCAUGGAAACACAGAGUGAUGACUGGGACUCACCUGUGCAGGUGUCGUUUCGGCCGUCGCUCGCACCUGUACAGGUGAGUCCGGCAGAGGGGCGGGACCUGGGUCAGCUGAUGGACGUCCAGGUGCGGCUUGAUGACCAAGUGUACUCACACCAGCUUGACUCCGCCCUCCACAGUAAAGCAGGGGGCGGGGCCACACAGGAACAGGGGUUCUGGACUCUGCCCAUCGAAGAGAUCUUGCCCGCCCCCGCGUUUAUCCCAGAAUCCUUCCGGGGGAAGACCUGGGCCCAGAUCGAGCAGGAGGACGAGGAGAAGGUGGAGAGACUGGUCGGUCAGUUCAGACGAGGACGAUUCGUUUGUUACUUCGACAGCGAGUCUCUGGCCAGGUACGGAAGGAGGAGCCAAAACAUUAAGGGUAGUGGUCAGAACAGGGCAGCGGAGUUGGACUCUGGUGUCCUGCCCUUAUUGGAUGUUGAUGACGAUGACUCAAUCCGUAAAAUAAUGCCGUAUGGGCAGAAGGGAAGGAGGCGGGGCUUCAGGCUGGCGUCUAGGUGUCAGGUGGUUAAAGUCAGUCAUGGCACGCAAACGGUCAGAUUGGUCAUCCCAGCUGUCCGUCAACCACCUCCCGAGACCCCGCCCACUAGUUUCCCUGCAGCCGAUCAGGAUGCAGCAGAGAGGACACCUGAGGUGCAGAUGUGGCGCUGCCUCCCUGCGUUGUACUCCAACAUCAUCACACCCGUGCAGCCUCGCACCUCACUUGUCUACCUGCUGUGUUCCCCCUCAGGCCCCGCCCCCACCUGCACAGCGCCACCUGGCUCUGCCUCCAAACGUUGCAGGAAGAAGAGGCGUCCGCUGGACCUGCAGGGGGUAAAGGUCAAAUACAAACGGCUUCCUUUCAGAUUCUACGACUCCACCACCAAUCGCAUCCUUAAGAACCCCCCCAAAGGCUUCCCAUGGGGCCAAGGCCCCGCCUCCGCCCCCCCGCCGCCCUGCGUCCGUCAGCUGUUUCGAAGUCUGAGUACAGACCUGAACACAGACAGAGCGCCGGUGGAGGGCUCAGCAGUGUCCUCCAGGGUCAAAGGUCACACUUCAGCUGAACCCCCCUUUCUCCCGAGCACGCUCAGUGGAGAUACAGUCAGGAGGCGGAGUCAGACAUCUAAAACUCCGCCCCCCCGACCUCACAACAGGUCAGAGCAGGGGAGAGGGGGGAGGAGGGAGAGAACGAAUCUGCCACCCUCCAAGAGAAGACCCAGGGCUCAGGCCACGCCCCCUCCAACUAGAAGAGAAGGUCUGCGACGGACAGGUCUGAGCCCCGCCUCCCUGACCAGCUGCUCCCCCCCCGGACGGGGGAGAGGGCGGAGGGGGCGAAGGUAGCAGGUCAAGAAGAAGAUAACGUUCUACAGCUCACAUGAUGUUUUUUACCUUUAUUUAAAAACCCUGUUAACGUUGAAUAAAAAUAUUUUAUUACCUGAA